AUGGCCGAGGAGUUCCGAAUGUUGCACAUUCUGUCUGGAGACAUGAUGGGGGCAAGAAGCUUUAUACAAGCAAUCGGUCUGUUCUUUUGGGUGACAAGCUCCGGCGCUAAUGUUAACUAUAACGCUGUGCUUAACGUACACGACUCGUGCGGGUCAACUCAUUCAACUGACGUAAAGCCAAAGGACUGUACAGAACUGCAACGAGCCGGGAAACAGUCGGGUAUCUUCACAAUAUAUCCCAACCGUCCAAUGCAGACAGGGUUUAACGUGAGCUGCGAUAUGGACGUUGAUGGUGGCGGGUGGACGGUGAUCCAGCGCCGUGUCUCGGACACUGACUUCUACAAGACGUGGAACGAAUAUCAAACGGGAUUUGGUGACCUAGCAAACAACUUCUGGCUGGGAAACCAAAACAUUUCUAUGAUCACUUCACAAGGCCGGUACGAACUCAAAAAUGACCUGAUGGCUACCACUGGAGACACGCGCUACGCCAAUUACGAAGUAUUUUCGGUGGGUGAUGCACAAAGUGAGUACACUUUGUUUGUCGACGGCUACUCUGGAAAUGCAAAUGAUGGCAUGGCUCACCAUAACGGGGUGAAGUUUUCUACGAAGGAUCGAUAACAGUAGCGCUAACUGUGCUCAGAGACACAAAGGUGGCUAGUGGUACAACAGAUGCCAUGACGCUAAUCUAAACGGGGCAUUUGGGAAUACCGAACAAGGUCAAGGCAUAACCUGGGAACAUUGGAUUGGCAAUGGCGUCUCUCUUGUGAGGGCUGAUAUGAAAAUAAGGCGUAAAAUUUAGUAUUCACGCAGUUGAAACGCCCUACGGUUACGUUUUAUCACAAAACAUUACACGCAAAAGAUAGAAGACUGAUUUUCCGCAAAAAUGCGCAGAACCAGUGAAGUAUUGUUGUCGUUUUUUUUUUCGUUUAUAUCAUACUAUGAUGUCUUAAUCCUUCUCUGGAAACACAGUGAAGAUUUCAUUACCGGCAUAUUUCUGGAGACACAAAAUGCUUUCAAGUAAUUGGAAUACAUGUAAUUGUAUGUGUUUAUAUUGUUUACGUAGUUUUGUAACCGUUUUGUAAAGGAGUCUUUUUUACAUUCGCAUUCUGAAAA